GCGUGAGAUCGCGAAGCGGCUCAAACGCAGCGACGGGUUGUUUGCGUUGCUCGCCGUCGUCCAAACGCCAUCGCUGCGACUGUGGGGCUGCCCACGCCAUCGCUGCGACCGCCAAGCACGGGCCUAGGCAAACACCAAUGAGGCAGCCGCGCCCGGCGUCCCCGAGCGAGGACCACCAUGUUGAUGAAGAGCGCAAGCUGCACCUGGCCGAGAACCUCUGGAAGGCUAUAGUGUUCGUCUUCGCCGAGGUCAAGGCCGUGUUACGAUUCAUAUGGAGGUCGCCGCACCACUUCGACAGCUUUAUCCAUUGGCUCGACACGUUGGACCCCUCUCGCGCAUUAGCGUCGUGGGGCUUCGCGCCGGCGGACGUUACAUUAGGGAGGGAGCGGCGCUUCCAGCGGGCCGGGGUUUCUCUGCCGGCUGAUGAGGCUCCAUCAGAAAAAUGGUGCGACGUGCACAGAGAUGGAAGGCACGCCGCGUCCACGAAAAGGAUUGGAUUGCUACAUAUUGAGAUCCUACAAGCGGGCGGCUGGACGCGGGCGAACAUGGGCGACGCCUUCAGUGCGGAAGACGUCUUCGCCAUGGUCGUGUCCGACGGCUGCGUCGCGGUGACGUCGACCAAAUACGACUGCGUCGCGCCGGCCUGGAAACACGACGAGCGGCGCGCGUUUCGCAUUCCGGUCAACGACGGUGCGGCUACGCUCUCGUUAGCGUGUUUUAACGAGCGGAAGCGCGAGGACUGGCCGAUUGGGAGGUGUGCGGUCGCUCUCAGGGCCUUCGCUCCGAACACUCUCUAUGACUGCUGGUUGCCUCUCGUGCUGUCGGAUACUGCUGGAGAGAAGCUCGCGAAUUCGUGCCGAGCGUUAGUCGCCAGGGAGCCUUUGGCGCGGCAGGCGGCGGCCCACCAGACGCAAGCUGAGUCUAGAGGUGCUAUUCGCGUGAGGUUUAGGGUGGACUGGAGCGAUGGUGGGGUCGCGGCCUGUCGCAGCGCUCUGGCCGACGUGUUGUACGCUCCGGUUCGGGCCUCGGUCGCCACACCCGCAACAGCCUCGGGACAGCGUGUCAGGGAGAACGUGCGGUUUACAUUAUUUGGUGAAGGCGGCUGCCCCUGCGACGCGCUGAAUGAGCCCUUCGCGACGCAGCGCAUACGGGGCCACGCGCGGGAAGCUGUUGCGGAUGUGUUAAAUGCCGUAGCCGCAGCCCAUACGGCCAUGCUUUCUCUUAUUAGAUAUGAACGGCCUCUCCGUUCAAUACUGGCACUAGUAGCCUGGGCGUCCUGCGUGCAGCGGCCGAUUCGAUGUUUGGCCUGGAUUUGUGUGUUCAGCGGCCUUGGACUAAGGGACGCGCUGUUAGGUGAUGGCCGGGCGCCGUCCGUGGCCAAGCCGCCCAUGACCUUUGGGCGGUGGCUCAAAGCCGUGGCGGGCCUCCAGCCGCAGGUCGAUAUCCGACCGAUUCCCGUCGAGCAACAGUUCGCGUGGGCCCGCGGCCGAGCGCGAAAAGUCGUCGCGGACCGAACGAUCAACGAGAUGAAGGCGCACCACGAGGAGAUCGAGGAGGAAGAGGAGGAGGAGCAGAAGAAGAUUGAAGAAGCGGCUAAAGUAGCGGCGGAAGCCAUCGGGCCGAUGAAGAGCUUCUGGUCCUUUAACCCGUUAGCUCCCUUACUGUUACCGGUCCAGCGGGUGUUAUUAUCUAUAGCUCGGAGGCAACGCGCGCUAAAGGCGGUCUGCAAUGGGAGGGACGACCCCGUCGCGACCGCAACGGUGGCCUUUGCGUUCUUCCUAACGGGUCUCACAGUCUUCGUAUAUACAGAGUUAAUACAUCCGCUGGUCAUGUGGUCCCUGGUCCAGGUCGAGCAUCUAGUUGUUUAUGCUCUACAUCUGGUUGGGUUUUUGCUGUACGGCCCGCAGAACUACGUCCUAUCUCGACUAAGAAGACGACUAAGGCAUAAAAGACAUGUCAAGAUCGCGAUGACCUGGUUCGAGGGGCCCUACCGGACUGCUGUGAGACGAGUUCAAAGGUAUUGGCGAGCUAGACAGAUGCGGAAGCGGGCUGCGUAUUUACUCGAGCGCAUCGAGCAGCAGAAGGACGCGUUCGAGGCGCGAAAAGCGUACCAGGCGGCCCGGAAGCACCUGGACGAUCUGGAGGCCGCGGCGACGAUGAAACGAAGGUUAGAAGAGAGGCACGACCGCGCGGAAGUGAAAGCCCUCGAGGCGUUCCAACAGAGGCAAUCUAUCGGUCCUGUGCGGGCGAAGCGAGCCUUGGACGGCUGCAAGUGCGGCAAGAUCCCCCAACUAAUAAGGUUGGAGGGCGAACGGAUUACCUUCGGUGCGACGUUCGAUGAAAAAAAAGCGGUCAUGCCCUUGUCGAUUGAUGCGUCUAGAAUCAGGAGUGUCCCGUUGUAUGACGUGCGACGGCCUCGAACCGUAGAGUUCAAGGUCAGGUCGAUAUAUCGAGUGUGUGGAUUGCGCAACCACAAGAAGUACAAGCUCGUGUGUGAUCACGCGAGGGAUGCCGAAUUACUCGUGGGCGCGUUGCGUGCGUUAACUAGACCUCAACUCAAAGCGUCGCAAUCAGUAAGGGAGCGCCGCUUGGUCGAGCGGGCCGCGGAGGUCGACGAGGAGCUCCUCGCGCCGGAGAAGCCCUUCGGGUUUCUAGCUGCUUCCGUGACCGAAUUUGGCCCCGCGCGGCCCGAGGCGUUUAGAUCCGUCGUCGUCGCGUCUUCAGCUCAUGAGGCGGUCGAGGAGGAGUGGUAGUAUUGUUAAACUAUAUUAGUAAUAGGGAGCGC